UAUGCCGGUUCCAGACCAGCCAUCAUCUUCGGACAAGGCAAGUUCUCUGAGCCCGGUGUUGAACACAUCCAGUGGGGAUGGAUCUGAAACAGAGACCACGUCUGCCAUUCUGGCAUCAGUCAAGGAACAGGAGUUACAGUUUGAAAGGCUUACCCGAGAACUUGAGGCUGAACGCCAAAUUGUAGCCAGCCAGCUGGAGAGAUGUAAACUUGGAUCAGAGACUGGAAGCAUGAACAGCAUUAGUUCAACUGAAGAACAGUUUCACUGGCAAACGCAAGAUGGCCAGAAGGACAUAGAGGAUGAGCUUACGACCGGUCUUGAACUGGUAGAUUCUUGUAUUAGAUCCCUGCAAGAGUCGGGAAUACUUGAUCCACAGGACUAUUCAUCUAGCGAAAGGCCCAGCCUUCUAUCCCAGAGUGCACUUCAGCUCACGUCCAAACCCGAAGUGUCUUUCCAGUACUCAUCCAGCUACCACAGCAACCCGACCCCUGCCCUAGGUGAAACAGCAACGUCACAGCUGCCAGCCCGAAGCAAUCAAAGCAGAUCAGCUAUACCGAACUAUAGCCAGGGCAGCAGCGGCCGGUCCGGCGCGUCGGAGCCGCCCCCGCCGCCGCCUCCGCCUCCUCCGCGGGAGCCCUUCGCGCCCAGCCACGGCAGCGCCUUCCACCUGCCCGACGCCACCCCGGCGGCCCUCUACUACUCCAGCUCGACGCUGCCGGCGCCGAGGGUGAGCUCGCCCCUCUCCGCGCAGCACGAGAGGCCGGGGGGCGCGCCGGGGGCGGCCGGCUCGCCCGGCAAGCCGCCCCCGCCCCACCCGCCGCGCGGCUCCUCGCCCCAGCAGCCGCCGCCCCAGCCGCAGUCGCCGGCGCGCCUGGCCAAGUCGUACAGCACCAGCUCGCCCCUGGGCAUCGCGCUGCCGCCCGCCCCGCUGCGCCUGGCCUCGCCGCCGCCGCCCAGCCUGGCCGCCGCCGCCGCCUCGCCCCUCCACCAGCUGAGCGCCGCCGUCGCCUCCUACGCCACCCUCUCGCCCGCCAAGCGCCUCGCCCACCCCGAGCACUUCGCCAAGCACGCCCACGAGCUCUACGCCAGCGCCACCCUCCAGCGCCCCGCCAGCCUCUCCGCGGGAUCUCGGGCUUCUUACACGAGCCAGCACAGCCACCUGGGUUCCGAGCUGAGGGGGCUGCAGUCCCCUGAACACCACAUAGACCCUAUUUAUGAAGACCGGGUCUAUCAGAAGCCCCCUAUGAGGAGCCUCAGCCAGAGUCAGGGGGACCCUCUUCAACCAGCACACACGGGCACCUACCGCACGAGCACAGCCCCAUCUUCCCCUGGUGUCGACUCCGUACCCUUACAGCGCACAGGCAGCCCGCACGGCGCACAGAACGCAACCGCGACCUUCCAGAGGGCCAGCUAUGCGGCAGGCCCGGCCUCCAAUUACGCAGACCCCUACCGACAGCUGCAGUAUUGUCCUUCUGUUGAAUCACCAUACAGCAAAUCUGGACCAGCCAUCCCACCUGAGGGAACCUUGGCUAGGUCACCUUCCAUUGAUAGCAUUCAGAAAGAUCCAAGAGAGUUUGGAUGGAGAGAUCCAGAACUUCCAGAGGUUAUACAGAUGUUACAGCAUCAGUUCCCCUCAGUGCAGUCCAAUGCUGCUGCCUACUUACAGCAUCUUUGUUUUGGAGACAAUAAGAUAAAAGCUGAGAUAAGAAGACAAGGAGGAAUACAAUUAUUGGUGGAUCUUCUGGACCAUCGAAUGACAGAAGUCCACCGUAGUGCCUGUGGAGCUCUGAGGAACUUGGUCUAUGGGAAAGCAAAUGAUGACAACAAAAUUGCUUUGAAAAACUGUGGGGGUAUUCCGGCACUAGUACGAUUACUCCGCAAGACUACAGAUUUGGAAAUCAGAGAACUAGUCACAGGUGUACUGUGGAAUCUGUCCUCUUGCGAUGCAUUAAAGAUGCCAAUUAUCCAAGAUGCCCUCGCAGUUUUGACCAACGCAGUGAUCAUUCCUCAUUCAGGAUGGGAGAACUCCCCUCUCCAGGAUGACCACAAAAUCCAGCUCCAUUCAUCACAGGUGCUGCGCAACGCCACCGGGUGCCUCAGGAAUGUCAGCUCUGCUGGAGAAGAGGCCCGCAGAAGAAUGCGAGAGUGUGACGGGCUUACCGAUGCGCUGCUGUAUGUGAUCCAGUCUGCUCUAGGAAGCAGUGAGAUUGAUAGCAAGACCGUUGAAAACUGUGUGUGCAUUUUAAGGAACCUCUCAUACCGACUCGCUGCAGAAACAUCUCAGGGACAGCAAACGGGGACCGAUGAACUUGACGGUUUACUUUGUGGUGAUGCCAAUGGGAAAGAUGUGGAAAGUUCUGGAUGCUGGGGCAAGAAAAAGAAGAAAAAGAAAUCUCAAGAUCAGUGGGAUGGAGCAGGACCUCUCCCAGACUGUGCAGAACCACCCAAAGGAAUCCAGAUGCUGUGGCACCCGUCCAUCGUCAAACCCUACCUCACACUUCUCUCUGAGUGCUCAAAUCCAGAUACGUUGGAAGGGGCAGCAGGGGCUCUGCAGAAUCUGGCGGCAGGGAGCUGGAAGUGGUCAAUAUACAUCCGCGCUGCCGUCCGGAAAGAAAAGGGCCUGCCAAUCCUGGUGGAGCUGCUUCGAAUAGACAAUGACCGGGUAGUAUGUGCGGUUGCAACAGCUUUACGGAAUAUGGCCUUAGAUGUCCGAAAUAAAGAGCUAAUAGGCAAAUAUGCCAUGCGGGACCUGGUUCACCGACUUCCCGGAGGUAACAACAGCAACAGUUCAACAAGCAAGACCAUGUCCGAUGACACGGUUACUGCCGUUUGCUGCACCUUGCAUGAAGUCAUCACAAAAAACAUGGAGAAUGCCAAGGCCUUACGGGAUGCAGGAGGAAUUGAGAAGCUUGUUGGCAUUUCCAAGAGUAAAGGAGACAAGCACUCUCCAAAAGUAGUCAAGGCAGCAUCUCAGGUCUUAAACAGCAUGUGGCAGUACAGGGACCUGAGGAGUCUCUACAAGAAGGAUGGAUGGUCACAAUAUCACUUUGUAGCCUCGUCUUCAACAAUAGAGAGGGAUCGGCAAAGACCGUACUCUUCGUCACGCACACCCUCCAUCUCUCCAGUGCGCAUGUCUCCCAACAAUCGUUCAGCAAGUGCCCCAGCCUCACCUCGGGAAAUGAUUAGCUUAAAAGAAAGAAAAACAGACUACGAAUCAACUGGAACAAAUGCUACUUACCAUGGAAAUAAAGGAGAACACACUUCUAGGAAAGAUACAAUGACAGCUCAGAAUGCAGCAAUCUCUACUUUGUAUAGAAAUUCUUAUGGUGCACCUGCUGAAGAUAUUAAACACAACCAGGUUUCAACACAGCCAGUUCCACAGGAACCCAGUAGGAAAGACUAUGAAGCAUAUCAGCCAUUUCAGAAUUCAACAAGAAACUAUGAUGAGUCCUUCUUUGAAGACCAAGUGCAUCACCGUCCACCCCCAAGCGAGUACAAUAUGCAUCUGGGACUUAAGUCCACCGGCAACUACGUCGACUUCUAUUCCGCUGCACGACCCUACAGUGAGCUCAAUUAUGAAACAAGCCACUAUCCAGCAUCUCCAGAUUCCUGGGUUUGAAAUUUGGGCAAGAUUUCAA